UCUACCAAAAUUUGCGUAGAUUUAAAAUAAUUUAUUGAUUUUACAUAAUUCACACUUUAAAUAAUCUAUCAAAAUCACUGAAUAUACCCCACUCCCGUUUCUACACUCUACCGACUGAACUCGCCGGUCUCCGGCAAUUGAAAAAAGCCCUCUUCUCUGAACCCUAUCCCGGCGUGCCAUCGUCAUUGCUUUGCCCCAACCUCCGGCUGUCUAAUCAGUUUAAUCGAGUUUCUUCUUCAGAAUUCAAUGCGAUCGGACAGAAAUUUCUGAGAAGCAAAAAUGUAUAUAUGGCGUACAGAUUUGUGAGGUUCUCAUUUUUCUCAUUUAAGUCCCACCCAAACAGAGCAAAUGGGAGUGAUGGUUGCGACAGAUGUGUGGGUCCCAAAUCCUGCACUGUACAUCUUCCUCUUUGCUUCAUGUCUGAUGUUGAUAUGUUGUUUCCCAGCCAACUCUAAUGGCAGAACAUCCAAUGUAUUUGACCAUUCACACUCGCCCUCCUUCUCUAGCUCCAAAAGAAGCUUCCUGUUCCUGUUUUCACUGACUUCAGUGAUUGAAGGCUUGUGGUCAGUGUUUGGUGAGAAUGAAUUGAUAUACUAUGGAAUUAGAAAGGACGGGAUGGUGUUGUGGUUGUGUCUUGGAUGUGCAGCUGCUGUCUUUCUUGGCUCCUUUUUGGGGGUACUGUCAGAUUUGAUUGGUCAAAGGAGGUUGUGUCUGUUAUUUUUCAUGCUGCACCUCUUUGUAGUUAUUUGGAGGAAAGUUAUUGCAAAUCCUAGCAUUUGGAUAUCCAGUAUCUGCCUAUCUCUCGCAUCUUCAAUAUUUUACUUCAAUUUCGAAACACAGAUGGUAGUUGAGCUUGAAAAGCAAGGUCUGAGGCGUGAUGCAUUAAAUGACAUGUUUUGGCUAAUGUCCUUUUAUGAAUCUGCAUCCUUCAUUGUUAGCCAAGUGCUCGGGAAUUGGCUCAUUGGUGGUACUGAAGGGUCAACUGUUAACUUACUUCCCACUGCUGCUGCAAUACUAUCGUUGGUUGCUUUGAUAUAUGCAAGUCAAAGGUUGAAAGAAUUCCCAAGAGCUACCAAAUUUGAAGAUUAUAAAAUUAAAUUCCAUUCAUAUAUCUUAAUGGAUAGAAGAAUAUGGUUGCUUUCAUGGGUGCAAGCUUGUGUUCACUUCUCAAGUGUAGUCUUCUGGAUUCUAUGGGCUCCAACUAUAGUGGGUGAUGGGAGGGAGAUGGUGUUAGGUUUGGUGUACCCUUGUCUCCUUGGUGCAAAAAUGCUUGGAAGCUCUGCAUUUCCAUGGUUCAACGGACCAUUAUCACUUCGAACCGAGGAAUACUUGGUUUUCACUUUUAUUCUUAUGGGCUCUCUUAUGUCAAUCAUAGCUUAUGACUACCAGGAAAUUGAAAUGCUUUUGAUACUGUUCUGCUUAUAUCACGCCUGUUUGGGACUGGUUUUGCCUUCACUUGCCAGAUUAAGAACAAUGUUUGUACCAAACGAACUUCGUGCAGGCAUGAUGAGUUUAUCUCUGGCACCAUCAAAUGCCGCGCUCUUCUUCUUCCUUGUGCAACGAGGUUACUACCAUAACAUUGAAAACUCAACCGCUAUAGCAUUGGGGGCUCUUGGACUUUUCACCGCGGCUGGUUGCAUGCAUAUGUUAAAGCGAGCCGGGAAGCAACCUCAUCAAAGUUGGAUUAAGUUAUGAUAUUAUGGGGUCACCAAAUCUUCCAAGCCCUUGGUUUAGGUCAUCAAUGAUCCUUAAUGUCAGUAUUUAGUGAGUAUUAGAAACAAUAAUUUGGUAUAUCCUUGCUAGUUAGUUUACUAGGUUUCCAUUGUUUCAUGUGAUCUUUGUGCUAAUAAUGGUUUCCAUAUCAGGUUAAAACCAACCAA